CACUGCCCUCCCGCCGCCUCCACCAGCUCCCCCACCCACCAAAACCCUAGCCGCCGCCGCCGCGGCAUCUCAGGUAAGCAGGAGCGUCCCCCCCCGCCGCCGCCGCCAUGAAGCGCAACCCCCGCGUCACGAGCUCCCGCCGGAAGUGCCGCAAGGCGCACUUCACGGCUCCCUCCUCCGUCCGCCGCGUGCUCAUGUCCGCGGCGCUCUCGACGGAGCUCCGCCACAAGUACAACGUGCGCUCCGUCCCGAUCCGCAAGGACGACGAGGUGCAGGUGGUGCGCGGCACCUACAAGGGCCGAGAGGGCAAGGUGGUGCAGGUCUACCGCCGCCGCUGGGUCAUCCACGUCGAGAGGAUCACCCGCGAGAAGGUGAACGGCUCCACCGUCAACGUGGGCAUCCACCCCUCCAAGGUGAUCGUCACCAAGCUGAAGCUCGACAAGGACCGCAAGGCCCUCCUCGACCGCAAGGCACGCGGCCGCGCCGCCGACAAGGCCAAGGGCAAGUUCACCGCCGACGACGUCGCCGCCGCUGCUGGUGGCGCCGCCGCCACCGGUGCCUCCCUCCAGGAGAUCGACUAGGCGCUGCGCGGGGAUCUGAUGGUGGUUGUACCGUCUUUUACUCCUUAUCGCUCUAGUUCGUGCUCUUGCUAUCAAUUAUGUGCUAGGAGUUUAUGUUACUUCAAAAAACUGCUGCUUUAGUAUCCUUGAAAUGUCUCGAUGAGAGUUUUGGAACCUAAUGUGGAUCUGUGUGUCUGAGAUUUGAGAUAUGAAGUACUCGUUAUAUGGUUAAUCUUUCCUAUGCGGUUGGCAGAUCUGCUA